AUGGGUGUUCACGUGGUAUCAAAGCUCGACAACCGCCAGCAUGCAAGCUUCAACCUCGAAGCCGCUGCUCAAAGCGAAUUAGCGGAGUCCUCAGUUCGAAUCCGUCCACUGCUUCUCAGCCUCACAUCAAAUAAUCUAACCUAUGCCCUCCUGGGCGAGAUUCUGCACUGGUGGGACGCAUACCCCGUAUCCGCAAACUAUCCGGCACCAUACAACGACCCCACAAAAUGGGGAAUCGUCCCGGCAUGGGGCUACGCAACAAUCGAAGAAAGCACCAUCCCCGAUCUAGCAAAAGGCACACUACUCUACGGCUUCUGGCCUACAUCCGACGUCCCGACCGAUCUGAAACUCACACGCGGAUCCCCAGAAGCUCACUGGAUUGAGAUCAACCCUCAUCGCCAGCAACUAAUGCCUCUAUACAAUCGCUACACGAUAGCACCUUCAUCAAACUCAAUCGCAGACCUGAAACUGGAUUCCAUGUCGGAAUCUGCCAGGGAUGAACUGGAUCGCAUGGCCUGGACGGCUCUGUUUAUAGGCGGUGUCGCUGGAUACCUCCUUGCCGAGUACGUCUUCCCGGCUGACGCCGAGGCCCAAAAGCCAAUUCAUCCGCUGGGUGAUCAGGCUGGGUUACCGUGGUCACGCUCUGAUGCGGAUUUGUCAUCUGCCGUCGUGGUUAAUUUGGCUGCGUCGACGAAGACGGCCAGGGUGUUCACGUACUUCCUUUCCCGGAGACAGGUGAAACCCCUGGGCUUGAUGCAGGUUACGUCCUCUAUUGAGCGGGCUGCGGAGGCGGAUCGGAAUUUAGGCUCCGAGGUUCCUUCUAUCGCUGUGCGGUAUGGAGAUAUUGGGUCCACGGAGUCGGCGGAGUGGUUGGCUGCUCGCAAGGCCGAGAAGGUUGUGAUUGUUGACUUUGGAGGGAGGGAUAAUGCGGUUGAGGAUGUACUUGCGCUUAUCAAGGGGGAUGCGCGGUUGCAGCAUUGUGAGGUCGUGAUUGUGCAGGUUGGUAAUGAGCAGAAGGUGUAUUCGAUGCAGGAGGUGAUUGCUGGGAGGGCUGCUAUGGAGAAGCUUGGUAAGGUUCAGUUCAAUACCUCUGGUGUUCAGGAUACGAUUCUUGCUUCGGGGGAUGUUGAGGGGUACUUUAAGAGGAGGAGUGCAAGGUGGGAGAAGUGGCUGGAUGAGAGACAUUUGAGUGUGCCGGGGAUGGAGAUUGUGUUUGGGAAGGGUGUUUUGAGUGCUGGUGGUAUUGAGGGAGGUUGGGAGAAACUGUGCAAUGGACAAGUGGCGCCGGAGGAGGGAUUGGUUUACAAGAUGCAAUAG